AUGGAAUCCAGGGAUGAUAGGGAAGUAUUUCUGCAGCCACAGAGUGUCAUUUAUCUCUGGUGGGUGGCCAUUGCUGGUUAUGGCAAUCAGCCCCGUCUGCUCUGCAGCAGGACUCUCCUGCUGUGUCCAAACCUCAAAACUUCUCUCUGCUGCUCACACACAGCAUUGCUCCACUAUUCCUUCAAAGGAAUUGUGGAUCCAAGGAAGACCUGCAGAAAACUUCAGGUUUUAAAUCUACAAGGUUGUGAGAUGAUUGAUGAUCUUGCCUUAGAGUACUUGGCACAGUGUGCUAGGUCAUCUCAGUGCCCUGAGGGAGUGUGGACAGUGAUGGGGGACCAGGAAGUGUACCGGUUUUGUAAGUAUUAUAAUUGUUGGUGUAGGCACGUGGACAGUCUCCCACUGUCUAAUGUAGAGUCUGACCUCUUAUGGAAUAACAGCUACUCUACAGGUAAUCCAUGUGAAAAUAACCUUUACUCUGUAGAUACUCCAUGCCAAAAUUCAAAGGAGCAGAUUAAUGUUAAUAGAGUUAAAGGAGUAAAUUCAAAGCAUCUUACUAAAGACUAUUCUCAGAGCAGUGACUACUCUCUAAGUUCACAAACAACAACAAAGUCUAAUUUUCCAUAUCCUCAGUUGGAGAGGGAUAUCGAGGAGAUCUGUUGCUAUCCUAAGAAUUCUGCUUCUUUGGGUGUUGUACCAUCAGGGUUGUAUUGUAGGAAACAGGCCUAUCCACCUUCCAGGCUCACUCAUACUGUUAACCCCAUGCCAAGUAAUUGUUCACACCAUAUGCAACUUGUAAGUCUCAAUCUCAGUGGCUGCUGGCGAGUCACAGACGAAGGUCUCCUGGCUAUGCUGUAUGCCAGAAUCCUUGAUAAUUUAAGAAAUGUUGAUGUUAGUGGGUGUUAUCAACUGACAGGUGGAGGACUGGAAAUCUUUGUUAGUGCAUGUCCUACUCUCCAGCCUGAAAACCUUUGGUAUUGUGACAACAUAGAGGAUGGCCCUUACCCCACACAGGCAAAUGGUUGUGCUAAUCUGUGUAAUCCAGUGAGAGUGUGCUGCCGCAGUGGCAAGUAAGUUCUAGAUAGCAUUAUCUUGAAUGUCACAACUUUAUAUUGCUGGUGAUAUUUUACAAGGUUUAUUUUUCACACACAUGUAGUUGUAGUGUUGUAAUAACAUUUUUUAUAUAUAAGAUACUUCUUGGGGCCACAGUGGGAGUAGUAGGCCAUGCACAGCAUUUACAGUCAAAUUGCAUAGUAUUAACCAUCAUUCUUGGCACGAAGUUUGGAAGAUUUAUCUUUACUUAUCAGUAUAAUAUGUGUUUACCACUGGUACAAACAAGUCACACACGAGACAACAUUGAAAAACUGCAUCUCUUUCUGGGAGUUAGGGGUAAUAAAUUCUUGGAUUUGUAACAUUGCUGUUCCAUUUGAAGGCCAUUUGCUGUAUAUACAACAGAACUCCAGCCAAUAACAGCUUUAUUCUUAGUGAAAUAUAUUAAUUUUACAUGAUUAGAGUGCAGUUAAGAGAAUAUGAUAAGACUUGAGAUCAAAUUUGGAUAUUCAGAAAAAAUGAAAUGCUAUUGUCACCUUUCAAUGACUCUGAAUAUAUACUAAAAGAUAAGGAUUUGACUUUUUUU